AUGCAUCAGGCACUAGCCAACAGAGAUAAGGGCAUUACCCCACUGAACCUAGCCAACCUAGCUCUCAAUCCAUCCGCGAUGGUGUCAUCACCCCCCGAACUGAUCGAGAAGUGGAAAUCCAAGCCACUACAUGGACGCUAUAGAACGCGAAUUGAAGACCAGGCAGUAGACACCAAAGCAUCCCAAGAGUGGGUGCGUUCCAGUAAUCUGUUCGUGGAGACAGAGGGAUGUCACAAAUUUGGACAUAUGUCCUCAACAUGCAAGUAUGAACAAGUGUGCCUAUGUGGUAAAGAUUUACAUCAACCUAGUGAAUGCAUCGAACCAUUUAAGUGUGUUAACUGUGGGAAUGACCACUUGUCUAAUUCAAAGAACUGUCCGAAAAUGAAGGAAGAAGUCAGCAUACAGAAUAUUAGAACAACAGACAAAAUUUCCUAUAUUGAAGCUAAAAGAAAGUAUUACGCCGCAAUGCCUGCUAAUACAACGUAUGCCCAAGUAACAGCCUCUGGGUCAGACAAUACUACGGCUAAGAAAUUCAUUCAGGAGCUCAUCCCAGAUAUUGCUCAGAUUAUAGACCAACAGGUCAAAAAAGCAAUAGAUGAGGUAAUUAAGACCAGUUUAUCAAUAUACCUGCCGUCUACCUCAUCAGAAAGAAGGCCUAUGCGACGGGAUCAGUAUGACCUCGAUGCAGCCUCAAUUGUCUCUGAUACUCCAUCACAACUUUCAGAUAAAAGAAAAAGGACACAAUAUAUUCGGACUGAAGAGCUAGUCUGCCUUACCGAUACUUCUGAAUCACAACUAGAUGAGCUGAGUCAAACUAAAAGGAAAAAGGGUUGGCCAAAGGGUGUACCACUUCGGCUAGAAGAUGCUAAAGAAGCUAUGAAGGAAAAUGUCCUCCACUCAUGGCAGGAAGAAUGGAACCUCUCGAAUAAAUUUUUGAAAACGUUCAAGCCAAGCAUAAAAAAAUGGAGCCUUCCACAUAUGACACGUAGAGAACAAAAAUGUCCUAAUACCGAAAUGUGUACUUGUGGUCAACCCAAUCACCCAGGAGAGCCGUGCAAUGAACAUAAGAAAUGUAUCAACUGUGAAGGACAGCAUGCUGCUGAUUCUAGAGAAUGUCCGCGGAUGAAGGAAGAAGUUGCCAUCCAAAGAGUGAGGACGCUAGAAAAAAUUAGUUAUCUGGAGGCAAAAAGGAAAGUAAUUAGCUCAUCUCCCCGGGUGUCAUACGCUCAAGUUACCGCUACCCCAAGUGCUACAGUUAAUAAACUUGUUGAAGAACUUCUUCCUCUGCUUUCAAAAACGAUAGAAACACAGAUUAAACAAACCUUUGAUAAAUUUGUAAAUAGACCAGUACGGACAUUGACACCUUUAAAUCUACCUCCUCCUAACCAAUACCUAUCGGAUACGUCUACUCAACCAUCUCUUUCAGAAAAGAGGAAACGUACUGUUAUCCAAAAGGAUAAUGCGGAUGAUCCCGCAGACGAUACUGACGAAAGCUUUCGUCACAAGCCAGCGGAACAUCCUCACUUGCUAAGAAAAAAAAGGGAUGGCCGAAGGGAAAACCCAGAAAGCCUCCAGAUGAUAAGACGAUUAGUUCCGAUGUAA